UAGCAUCGACUAAAAGCAACGGAAGCAGAAACACACGUAGUGAAAGGAAGAAAGACUCAGAAUUCGGAAGUACAAACUAAAACACUUCCAAUGGCUCAACUAUCCUCUUUCACGUGCACCCCACGCGCCCCUUCCACCACCUCGCAAAACCCUAAUUCCCUCUUUCCAUUUUCUCUUUCUCCCCUUCGCUUCCCAUUCCCUCUCUCUCCACGCUCUCAAACCUUCCCUUCUAUCCGCCUCGCCGCCUCCUCCCCUGCCGGCGGUGGCUCCGGCGACGUUGACAAGGCCUCCGCGAAGAUCUCCGAUGAAUGGGGUGAGGAUUACGAGCCCGAGCCCGAAGCGGCGUUCACCAAGCUUCCCGAUUCUGACCCUCCCAGGGACGAAGAUGAGUGGGAGGAAGGAGGACGUGAUGGCGCCGGCGGUUACAUCGAAGGCGGAAACGGAACUCCGGCUGCCACGCCUAAGGAUGUUUCGGCGGAGGAGGAGGGGAAGCUGGAGGGUCUGAAGCGGGCUCUAGUGGACAGUGUUUAUGGGACUCAGCUCGGGUUUCGGGCAGGGUCGGAGGUCCGGGCCGAGGUAUCCGAGUUGGUGACUCAGUUGGAAGCGGCAAACCCGACGCCUAACCCGGUUGAGGAACCCGCGCUUCUCGAUGGAACUUGGGUGUUGCUGUACACUGCAUCUUCGGAACUUUUACCUCUUCUAGCAGUUGGAUCGUUACCUUUGUUGAAGGUGGACAAGAUUUCACAAACAAUCGAUACUGGUAGCUUGACCAUUAUAAACUCCAUCACAUUAUCUAGUCCUUUUACCACUUUGUCUUUCAGUGCAUCUGCCUCAUUUGAAGUUCGAACCCCUACAAGAAUACAGGUUACAUUUAAAGAAGGUUCAUUCAAUCCUCCAGAGAUAAAGUCUCGACCUGAACUGCCAGAAGAUGUAGACGUUUUUGGCCAAAGGAUCAGCCUUUCACCUCUGCAACAAUCUCUUGGUCCUCUGCAAGAUGCAGUGGCAAACAUUUCACGUGCCAUAUCCGGUCAGCCACCUCUCAAGGUUCCCAUUCCUGGUGAGAGGACUAGUUCAUGGCUUAUUACUACAUAUCUUGAUAAGGACUUCAGAAUAUCAAGGGGAGAUGGCGGUCUUUUUGUCCUUGCCAAAGAAGGGAGUCCCCUUCUUGAUUAGUGGGAGGAAAUAUUAGUUCCUCCCUUCUCACCCCACCCCAUCCCCGUCCCCCAAAAACGGUAUAUAAAAAGGUUACAUUCUUUUCUGAUUUUGUUUUUUUUUUU